AAAACAAAUGUAACUGCGUUGCAAGCGCUUUAGUUGACAAAAUUUUUUUGCCGCUUCAACAGCAAACGCCAAGCAAACGACAUACACACACACACACAUCUUAAAAAACAACAAAUUACCGAUAAAAAAAAAAUUCAAGUGCUCUUAAGAUUUAAAACGCUCCAAAUUCUGGUUAUCCAUAAGAUACAAGAAAAACAAGUGCAAAAAUGGCUUCACGAGAUGCCGCAUCCAAUCAAUUAAUUGACUACAAAAAUUCCCAAACGGUGGCACCGGGAGCAAUUACCACUGGACACGGUGCUCCAAUUGGCAUUAAGGAUGCCACACAAUCGGUUGGACCACGUGGCCCCCUGCUACUGCAGGAUGUCAAUUUCCUGGAUGAGAUGUCUCACUUUGAUCGCGAAAGGAUACCCGAACGUGUGGUCCAUGCCAAGGGUGCUGGAGCCUUUGGUUAUUUUGAAGUGACCCACGAUAUUUCGCAAUAUUGUGCCGCCAAGAUAUUCGAAAAGGUUAAGAAGCGUACCCCAUUGGCUGUUCGAUUCUCGACGGUGGGCGGUGAGAGCGGUUCGGCUGAUACGGCCCGUGAUCCUCGUGGAUUCGCCAUUAAAUUCUAUACGGACGAUGGUGUUUGGGAUUUGGUUGGCAAUAAUACACCAAUUUUCUUUAUACGCGAUCCCAUACUAUUUCCCAGUUUCAUACACACCCAGAAACGUAAUCCGCAAACGCAUUUGAAGGAUCCGGAUAUGUUUUGGGAUUUCCUCACCUUGCGCCCGGAGUCGACGCAUCAGGUUUGCUUCCUGUUCGGUGAUCGUGGCACUCCCGAUGGCUAUUGUCACAUGAAUGGCUAUGGUUCGCAUACAUUUAAGCUUGUGAAUGCCAAGGGUGAGCCAAUCUAUGCUAAAUUCCAUUUCAAAACGGAUCAGGGCAUCAAGAAUCUGGAUGUUAAGGCUGCCGAACAAUUGGCAUCGAGUGAUCCGGAUUAUAGCAUACGUGAUUUGUAUAAUCGCAUCAAGAACUGCAAAUUCCCCAGCUGGUCCAUGUAUAUCCAAGUGAUGACCUUCGAGCAGGCCAAGAAAUUCAAAUAUAAUCCAUUCGAUUUGACCAAGGUCUGGUCCCAAAAGGAAUAUCCUCUAUUGCCAGUGGGUAAAAUGGUUUUGGAUCGCAAUCCCAAGAACUAUUUCGCCGAAGUCGAACAAAUUGCAUUCAGUCCGGCUCAUAUGGUGCCUGGCAUUGAACCAUCACCCGAUAAGAUGUUGCAGGGACGUCUAUUCUCCUAUUCGGAUACGCAUCGUCAUCGUUUGGGACCCAACUACUUGCAGAUUCCUGUAAAUUGUCCAUAUCGUGUCAAGAUUGCCAAUUUCCAACGUGAUGGACCCAUGAAUGUGACCGAUAAUCAGGAUGGUGCACCCAAUUAUUUCCCCAAUUCAUUCAACGGUCCCGAAGAAUGUCCCCGGGCGCGUGCCCUGUCCACCUGCUGUCCCGUUUCCGGUGAUGUCUAUCGCUUUAGCAGCGGCAAUACCGAGGAUAACUAUGGUCAGGUCACUGAUUUCUGGGUCCACACACUCGACAAGUGUGCCAAGAAGCGUCUUGUGCAAAAUAUUGCCGAUCAUCUGAGCAAUGCCAGUCAAUUCUUGCAGGAGCGUGCUGUCAAGAAUUUCACUUUAGUUCAUGCCGAUUUCGGACGCAUGUUAACCGAGGCCCUCAAUCUGGCCAAAUCCUCCAAAUUCUAAAGACAAGAAUGAAAAUCGAAAAAAGAAAAAUGGGUGGCGAUAAGAAUAUCCAAUCACACACACACACACACACAAAUAAACACACGUACACACACUAUAUUUAGCCGACUUCCCUGCUCCAUCUGCUUUGAAUGGUUAAAUGGAUGGAUAACUUCUUGACCAAUGUGCAUCAUCAUCUUCAUCUUUAUCAAUUCCAUCUUUACAUCAUCUCUCGGCUACUUUGGUUGCGGGCAUUGUUUUCUUUUCUUUUCCUUUUUUUUUUUGCACUUUGCACUUUUUGUUUGUCAAAAUUGAUUAUUUGUAAUAAAAAAAAAACAAAUAUACAAAAUAAAUUUGUACUCUA